AUGAGCACCGACUCGGAGUCGCUGCAUAUGUCAGACCUACCCGUCGCCAGCAAGCCCGGCCUCGAUAUACAGCCGGAAGACCUCAAGAGUAUACAAGAAGCCCAACUUCAGGUUGAACUGACCCUCGACCCGUAUUGCCUCUACAUCAAUAGCCGUCGCGAAACAUAUGAACACAGGCCGCUCGACACGGAUCACCGUCAGCAGGAGCUCUUCUUUGUCUGGAUGGUCUAUAGCGCUUGCACCUUCCCGCACGCUUCCAUCGGCGUACAAGGCGACGUCUGGAUCGACUGCACCCCAGACGCAGCGAAGAUCUACUUUCGAGGACAGGCGGACACCUGGGUGCCGUGGAAUCCUCUGCCAGGCCAUGACGCCCGACACCUGAAAGCAGACGGGUUGGAGAUGACGCACCCGUGGCUUCCUGACAGAUGUCUGCAGUUCACAGGCCUCGACCUCGGGUGGUAUCCGCACUCGGUGCUAGAGGUGCAUCAAAAACGCUGGGAUGAGUGUUGUUCGGACAUUUCCCCCUACGACCGUCUGUCAGUCCAGUACAUCGUGAACAGCAAAUCGUCCAUGGAAAGGGCUUCGAUGUCAAGAAGGGUCUUCCUACCUACAAACCACCCGGCCAAGUUCACCCACCGUAUGAAAUUGCGUAACCAAGCUGGUCCUUCCAACGAUCCUCGCGCAAGCACGGCAGCCAGCAUUGCGCCUGUUUCUUCGAGCAGCGGCUUCUACUCGAUGUCGGCGAACGCCAGUGUCUUGAAACCUACUACCUUGGGUCAGCUGGCCAGCAAAGCCAGAAAUAAAGCCGAGCGUCAGAAUCCACUCAAACGUGCUCGUUGGCCCAUGUCAGACUCAGAUUCUGAGGACAUCGGCAGGCCCGUCGCCAGACGCACGUCGAAGGCCGUGGCACCUGAGGCAGGGCCAUCUGCGCCCUCCCCCCGUUUGAAGGUGACAUACACAGGGUCAGCAUCGCCCAAAAGCGUUCAGGAUUUCCUUGCAGGAUUACCCCUCAAACUCGUGCAUCGCUCUGCCGCCUUCGAGAACAUCGGCAUCAGGUCGCACGCGCAUCUCGACGCACUCGCGCGGAUACCCAUGCCGUUCCAGGAGACGCUGUACAAGGAGCUCCGAGAACGGGGAUUCCCUCUGGUCGAAACCCUCGUCCUGCGGAGCGCCUUCAAUACCAUCCGCGAUACGGUACCCCGGCCCGUCAAUCUUACAGCCGGCCAUGUGCACACAAAACCGCAGGAUGUCACAGCCUUCCUCUCAGGAAUGCGCCCGUCUAUGGUCCAUCACCGCGCAGUAUUCCAUGACUUGGCAAUUGCCCCAGCGCAGCUACCAGCGCUCGCAGCUAUCGACGAGGAGUCCUACGCGAUAUUCGAACAGGAGUUGCGCGCCAAGGGUGUCAGUUGGGUGGAACGCCUGCUGCUGAAAGCUUCCCUGAGGGCCGGAAUAUGA